AUGCGCAUGGCAAGCGCCAAUAUUGAUAUCAAUGGGAUACCAUAUGAUCAAGCUCUCAUUAAUGAAGAGUUUGAGCCAUUGGACGAGUCACUGAAGCGAAAAUUACAGAUGCAACAGCUCAAAGUUGGAGAGUUGAGACUCAGGGUGGCAGAGCGAAGGAAACGUGUUCCUGAACAAGUCAAAAUGUUGUUGGAUGAUGCUAUCAGACGACAAUCAGCUCUGGCCGACAGAAUUGAGUUUGAACCAAAGGAAGGCGCAAAGGAUAACAGUGUAGCUGAUCCAACAGAAGAAUUCGAAAAGGCUAUGUUCGAGAGACCAGACUUGGUCACUCAAGAAUAUUCCUCCAGUAUGGCGUUGCUAAGUGAUUUGCGCAAAACAGUCUCCUCAAACAUCAGUCGACUGGAGGGUGCACAGGCAGUCAUCGAUGAGAUCUUGCCCGAAGCCAAUUGA